AUGGUUGAAGUCAAAAAGUACCAUCUGCCACCCACUGCUCUCAUUCCCAAUUCACCACGUCCUCUGCUCCACUACUCAGGGAUUCUCUCCACAUCAGAAAGGAUCACCACUGAAGCAUACGACUCGUUUACCAACAACGGAUGGCAAGUCCAAUGGAUCUUCCGCUACGGCCAAACCCAAGCAUCACACUACCACUCGGCAAGUCACGAGUGCAUGGCCGUGCUCUCCGGCACCGCAACGAUCCGAUUCGGCGUGGCUGACACGGUCUCUGACCUGGAAGAAAGCACCCUUGGCUCAGGCCAAGAGGGUGGCGGCGUCGAAGUCGAGGCCCGGGCAGGCGACGUCUUCAUCAUCCCAGCGGGCGUGGCGCAUAAAACGUAUGACCCCCAGCCAUCUGCAGGAUUCAAGCUCCUCACGCCAGGUGAUGGGCAUGAUAUCCCAUCGACGGACGUAAGAGCGGCUUUGGAGAAUCUCGAGCUUUCCGGCUUUACGAUGCUAGGGGCGUAUCCCGUCGGCGGACAGUGGGAUUUUGCGACCGGCAGAGAGAACGCGGGUAACUACGCACAGGUCUGGGAGGUGCCGAGACCGACGAAUGAUCCCGUGUUGGGCAAGGACAAGGAGGGUCUAGUUGGACAAUGGGAAUGA